GCUGACUUGCCACAGUGUCUGUCUGAGUUUCAUUUAAUUGGCUUGCAUUUUCAUAUAAUAGAACGUUCCUUUCUAUUUUUUUAUAUUUUACCCUUCUUUUUCUUUUCAUACAACUCUUUACUUAACUUUACAACCAAUUUCAAUGGCAUCUGUUAAUAACACUCAAAUUAUCAUUACUUCGGCUGAUUCUGGUCCGACCACCGGCUUUCGUCGCACUCCUGCUCCUGACAAUCCUGAGAGCUUCUAUUUCAACCAUGACCCAAUUUCAGCGGUAAUUCAUGCCGAUGAUGGAAGGCGGUACAAGCUCGAAAAUGCGUCCGUUCAUUUGACGGAUAAACGUCUAGUCCUUUUGGUUCAACCGAAUCUGUAUUCGGCAUCCCGACGUCACAGUUACCAUGAGUCGUCAUCAGUGUUCAGUUUUCAGGUCGACUUGUUCAACCUAGCAUCGCUGAAAUGGGAAUCACCAAAGAGUAAAGCCAUGCAACUGCGGAUUACCACAUGCCAACAAGAGACCUACAUCGUGCAACUCAAGUUUUCCAAGGCCGAUCGUGCACGGCAGAACGCUUUCAAGGAAUAUCUUGAAAUGAUCACAUCGGCAUCGGUUUCCAGAAGACGAUCCGUGGCCAGUCUCAACUCGGCUGCACCUUGGUUACAAGAUGAACUGCCAAGCUACGGUGAAGCCCUUAGGCAAGCACCAGCUUUCCAAAGUCAACACUUGUCACCGUCUUUAGCAGCGACCCAUCCUCCGCCACCAGCAUACAGCUGCUAAACGUAUAAAAAAAAGAAACCCACAGCUUUCAAUCUUCACAUUUUAUGUAAAUUAUUAUAUUUUUGAGAUUUUACAUUGAUUUAAACA